CUGCCUUUCCCUCCGCAGACACCACGAUUAAGCCCCGCCGCGUGUACGUCAGCGGGAAGGAAGAGGUGCUGACAAUGCUGACGUCGAGCCAGGUCCCCCAGAAGCUGAUGACCCGAAUGGUGGCGAUCUUCCUGAAGGAGUGCCUCGGCUACGUCAACCUCACCAUCACCACGGUGCCAAAUACGUUCGAUCCGGAUAGGGUCAUCGACGAAAUGAGGGCGAGCAAACCGUCCAACGCAAACAGGUCGGACGUCAAAGUACCCAAUGCAAUGGUGAACUUGGAAGUGUGGAUACCACCUGGCUACAACCUAGACCCCCUGAAUGCGGAUUUUGAAACGAGCAGUUUCCUUGGUUCCGGUGGUCGCUUUGGGUGGUUCCUGCCAGGGAGACUAAUCUCUGACCAGGACUUCAUUGUGGAACAUUGGCGAGCCUUCACGGAUCCCAAUUCGCGCGCGCUCUACCUCUUCUCAAGGACGCCAGAAGAGCUGAUCCAUUUAUCAAGCAAAAUGAGGAACCCAGAGACAGGGAAAUUUUACUGCUUGGAGAAUUAUGGUUGUGAAAAGGGAAUGUACACCCCGUCUUGGUGUAGUAAAAGUGGGCAGGAGUGCGCUGUCCUCUUUGCUUCAUAUGCAGAUUUCAAUAUCGCCAAGUUUCUCCGUGAACAAAUUGAGACCAUGAAAGCCUAUGUAAGGGUAGCCUGGAUUGGCCCCAAUCUCAAUCACAAGUUCAUUAGUAACAACACAUACUACCCUGGUCCUCAUGGUAUGCGUUCCAUUCUCAUUUUCCACUGGUGGCCAUCUGUUCUUCUGGAGCCUUUUGACUUCCAGUCUGUUGCCUUUUCGCCAUGUAUCGACAGUUCUGUGAGGAUUGAUGGGAAAAGCCCAUAUCAGUGCAAAUAUGAGAUGCAUCGCUUCCAUAAGUUUGUAUGGAAGAAGCUCAAAAGAUAUGCAAAAUAUGCUUAUGAUGCUCUUCAUAAGAUAAAGAUCAACCACACUGAAUUGAUUGACCUCAUGCACACCUAUAAUGAAAAGCAACCAAAGACCAAUUCAACACUAGAUGAGGUUGCCUGUCAGUGGAUGAAAGAAAACAAGGACCGAUGGGACAACUGGCUACCAGUAGGUGAUCUUCCAGAGCUGACUCUUGUAGGCCUCUUCCCCAUAAGUGGAAGUGACGGAAUCCAUAACAAAUUUCUGGCCCCGGGAAAUGUGUUUGCGAUGUUUAUGGCUGUAGAAGCCAUCAACAAAAAUAGCAGCAUUCUUGCUGGCCACCAGAUUCACGCCAUUAUUUUGAAUGGUGCAUGUGAGCCGGCUAUGGUCAUGCGUCAGUUCAUCGAGAUCAUUCAGCAGUCGUCAAGUGGAGGAUUCUACAACAACCUGGCGGGCUUUGUAGGCCCAGCUUGCUCAGAUACUGUGGAGCCAAUUGCAGGGGUGUCCAAAUAUUUCAACAUGCCAAUCAUCUCGUAUGGAGCGGAAGGAGCUAUAUUCUCAGAUCAAGAGCACUAUCCUUAUUUCUUUAGAACAAUUCCAGAAAAUAGGAUUUUUCGAUAUGUGUACAAUCACUUGUUCCAACAACUCAAAUGGACAAGAGUUACAUCAUUUACAGAGGACGGCCAGAGAUAUUCUGAAUACCUCACUUCUUUAAAUGACCUACUUCUGGAGAACAGCAUAUCAAUGUACAGCCACAAAUACCCACAAGAACGUGAAAGUCAGAACAUGAGGAAUUAUUUAAAACAGCUAAAAGAGAGAAAGUCAUUCAUUAUUAUUGGUGACUUUUAUCAAGAUGUUGCCAGAGAAGUAAUCUGCGAUGCUUAUCACCUGAAGAUGACAGCAUAUGAGAACUAUCAGUGGUUCCUUCCACACUGGUACUCAAAAGACUGGUAUGACACUGACAAGCUCACGGGUAAAAAUAACGUAUCUUGCACGACCGAGCAAAUGCUCUAUGCGCUUCGUGGUCAUAUGUCUCUUUCGUACAAGUACUUUGCAGAUGAUGAUGAUAUCAUGCAAGAAGGAAGGACAGUGAAGGAGUGGAGAAAUGCAUAUAGCGAGGUUAUUAAGGACAAGGCUGUUGAAUCUGAUUAUGCUGGGUUCACUUAUGAUGCUGUGUGGACAUAUGCCCUUGCCUUGGAUAAUCUUUUUAAGGAAGAUGAAUCUUAUGCUGCUGACCUCCGGGAUUACAACACCACACAGGCAUUCAUAAAGAAGAUCCAAGCUCUCUCAUUCAAUGGAGUAUCAGGACACAUCAACUUCACAUCAGGAGCUUCAAGGUUAACAGACAUCAUUGUGUGGCAGUUUCAAGGAGAAGAAUAUGUUGAAGUCGGGCUGUAUCAUCCUGGUUCUUCAAGUAAUGAUAGUGGAAGACUGGAAAUGAGUAAAGUCAAUGAACUAAAGUGGAUGUCUGGCAAUAAGCCAGAUGAUGGAAGCAACAAAUGUGCAGUUGAAGGCUUCAGCAAGCUGAUAAAUACCACUUGUUCAAGUGCCAUCAUAGUACUGUGUGCAAUAUGUUUUGGUGGUCUUACACUCUUGCUGAUCAUUUGUUUCCUCUUCUUCAAGAGAAGAUAUGAAAAGCAGAUCCAGCAGAUCCAAGAGCGUGGUCGGCCACUGUUUGAGAUUUUUGACGGUUGGGAGAUUCAGAGGGAUAAAGUCGUCAUAAAUCGCAAGCUUGGGGAAGGAUGUUUUGGAACUGUGUAUGGAGGAGAGUGUCAGUUUGAUGAUCAAGGCUGGGUUGCAGUUGCAGUGAAAACCUUAAAAGUUGGCUCAACUAUUUCUGAGAAGCUUGAUUUUCUGUCAGAGGCAGAAAUGAUGAAAAACUUUGUCCAUGAUAAUAUAGUACGUCUUUUAGGUGUCUGUACAAAGAGUGAACCUAUCUACACUGUGAUGGAGUUCAUGUUAUAUGGUGAUCUGAAAACCUACCUACUUGCCCGAAGAAACUUAGUCAAUGAAAAGAAUCGCAAUGAUGAUGAUGAAGUUAGUAACAGACGGCUCACUUCCAUGGCUCUUGACAUAGCAAGAGGAUUGUCGUACUUAGCAGAUCUUAAGUUUGUCCACAGGGAUGUAGCAUGUCGUAAUUGUCUAGUAAAUGCAAAUAGGACGGUGAAGCUUGCAGACUUUGGCAUGACCAGGCCAAUGUAUGAAAAUAAUUAUUACAAAUUUAAUCGUAAAGGUAAGAAUGGUUUUGGAUGGUCUUUGACAGAUGGUGUCUUUACUACUAUGAGUGACAUUUGGUCAUAUGGUGUCUUACUGUACGAGAUUGUCACAUUUGGAGCCUAUCCAUUCCAGGGAUUGACCAAUGAUCAAGUACUGGAACAUGUCAAGGCAGGCCACACUAUAGCCAUACCUCGGGGAGUUAAGCCACAGUUAGAUGUUUUGCUGAGAAUGUGUUGGCACCGGGAUCCAAUGAAGAGGCCACAUGUCACACAGAUCAUUGACCAUUUGACAAAUUAUCCACGUUUGAUAUCCCCAUGCUUAGAUGGGCCACAAUCCUCAGUGCAAAUAGAGGACACCAUAUCCUUAGAACUAAGGAUUCCAGAUAAGGCGAGAAAACUGUCGCUAUCUAUCAACACCAGGUUACCUCAGGUAGCAUCCUCAAGCCGGAAGCGAUCGAUGAGCGGAAACAUGGUGAUGAACAUGCCUCCACUCACCACCAGCCUCAGUGAGGAUGGCAUGAUCUCAGCGCAUUCCAACUUGGACGCCCUCAACUUGAACCACGUGAUGCUCGAGGAAAAUGAAAUGGGAGAGGACCCUUUGUUACCCCCUGCCCAGUAUGUGUCCUCGAGAUAUAUGACAAUAGUGCAUAAAGACCGUAAGGACCACAAAGACUACAAAGAUCAUAAAGAAAAGGAAAGUUUAGUGAGCAGACAGCAGGGGGACUACUGCACCACAGAUAUAUCCCGUGAUUUAUGGACGAGUGUCACGCCUGUAUAGGGUAACGCCAACCUAGGCAAGUCUAAGUGACCAAAGUAGUGUUCUAGUGUUUUAGAUGGCAAAGUUACAGCUAUAUAUUGCAGCUUCUUUCUUGAGAAGCCUGAGACCAGAUCAUAAGCAAGAAAGCUCAUAUUAAGUACUCAGAUGCUAAUCUUUUCUGGUCAUUAUAUUUUAUAUUAUUUAAGUGGUAUUUAUGAGAUUUUAUUCCCUGUAAUUAUAAAGAUAAUGAGCACAGAAGAGAUGCUUGCUGAUAUUAGCUUGUACUCUACACUGUGGAUAUUGACACUGCAGAUGGCAUCUAUCAGUAUUAUCUCAUUAUGCAAGAAGAUUCAUAUGCAAACUCUGAUGCAAUAUGAAUCAUUAUUUUAAGACAGCUAUUAUGUGCCAACGCUGAAGAUGAAACCUCGCGGGUGAAUGUUAGUAGUGGCUGUGUAGUGGAGCAAUGUCACAGCUCUGGGCCCACAAUAUUCCACUCUUUCCUAUACUUCAUGUGACUGGAGCAUAUACAGCAAUGUAUGUUUGUAUUACAUUACAGUUUGUAGGCUUAUUGGUAUAUGAAAACAGUAUUUAUGGUGGAAUAUAUUUGCAAUUGGAUCAUAUAAUAGAAGUCACUUAGUUCUAGUGAGGGUUGGAUUUCACAUUUGUGAAUGCAACAUGAGUAUUGUGCUAAUGCACUGAAGAAAAGAAGUUGAAUGUAAAGUAAGUGUAUAUAGCAUAUCAUAGGCAUUAUUGGCUGUAAUAGGCUUACAAUUGCAUCACUUCAAAAAGUAGCUCUUCAUUCAGAUCCCUCAUAAAACACAAAUUUUGAUUUAGCAUCAAAAAAUGUUUUUAUGUAAUUUUCAUACUAAUUUGAAAUGAAAUUUAUCACAUAGUAGCAUACCUAGAUUUUAACAAUAGAUUGGAAAGCUGCUAAAAAAAAGGUCUGUCACUUUGCUGAAAAUAUGUUGUAAUGACCAUCACCAAAACCUGUUCUUUCAUGUUCAAACAUGUAACCUAAAGCUAUUUUCCAUUAACUCCUUCAACUGUGUGCUGUGAAACAAAUUCAUCUAGUCUGCUGUAAAUCAACCCAGGAGAAUUUUAGAUAUUCUUUAUGGAUUUCAAAAUGGCCCUGUUAUACUGAUGCUCAUGCAUGCUUAUUCUGUUAUAAAUAUUAUUGUAUGUAAUAGUUGAUAAUCUACACCUCAUUUUGCUUUUCUGCUACAACUAAUUUAUUCAGACUCAACAUAACAUAGAAAUAUCCAAAAGGAAAGAGUGAAAUGGUCAUGUUGACCUUUUUCCAUAAGGACUGGUUGUUCUGUUCAAGUUUCUUGGUGCAAUGUACCACAAGUCUGUAUUACUUGAUCAAGUAGGUCGGACUGUCUUCUUGGUGUAUGCUCCAGGAUUGACAAGGGCUAUGUGGUGCCUGUAGUCAAUGUUGUGAGGAUGAGAAAAAAAGAAAAAAAAUGAAAAAACUAAAAAGGAAAAAAAGAAAAAAAAGGUUUAGUGGUGCCCAAGGUCUUUGCUGCAGGACAGAAAUGAGUCUUGCAGGCAGUUGCUAAAAUAAGCUUCUCUUGGCUUCACUGCACUCCUCUGUAGUCAUUUAUGAUCAUAGUUGGUUGCUAUGGUUGGUAUGUGCUAAGCACACAUCUUAUAUAUGUACAGUGCUAUAGCUUUUAGGGAAUAAUCAUACGUAACACAAUGUAUAUGCAGUCAUCAGUCAUCACCAUAUUUAUCACCUCACUCAUCAAGUUUAAGGUUGUGUAUGCAUCUACCAUUUAAGGAAAACGAAGCACAUUCAGAAAUUAAUUUUGUCUUAUUUUCUGGAUGGUUAUCAUGAACAAUCUUUAUAAUUUCAUUGACAGGGUCAGUUAAAGCCGAACUUUGAAAGGUAGAUGUUGUGGACACUGAAGCUCCGUAAAGAUAUUUACCCUGAUCAGUUGCUUUCAAUCGUAAUUUAUGAUUAUUAUUAUCUGUUAGACAUAUUUUUAUUACUUUGAAAACCAAAUUUGUGUCAAGAAUACUUACAUAUGAUAUUUUAUUAUAUUUAUGAUAUUUAAAGAUAAUAUAAAAUUAUUGUUAAAGUGUUUAAUAAUAGAAACAUUUAAUUCCUUUUACAUAGGGGCCUAUGUGUAAAACUGAAAUCAGUAAAUAAAAAAUGAAUGGUGAUAUAGUUACUACCAGGAGAGUUGUGUGCUCUGUUUGAGCAAUGAAACAUUGUCUUCACUUUUAGUUAUAUGGUUCUGAAUAUAACUGAUUUUAUAUAAUAAUUUUACAGAUUGGAUAUUUACAAUAGCUAUAUUGUACAGUCAUUCAUUCUACUGAAUUUGAAAACAAUUUAUAUGCAGAUAUGUCAGUUUAUGUAAGUUGCCUUCAUUGCCACUAUCAUAGGAGAGUGCAGAUAUGUGCAUCAGUUUAUGUCUUAUUCACUUUCUUUGAAGUGAAGAGAAGGUUCAUCAGAAUAUGAAACAUUCAGUAGGAGAACUUCAAUUGAAAAUUCAGUAUAAAAGACUAAGAAUGAAAACAGUAAAAUUCAUAGUUCCCCUCUGAAGUGAUAGCCAGGUGCACACUACCUGAUUUCAAGUAAUUUAUUAUGUCAGUUCAGCCAGAUGUGUUGUUUAAAAAGGGAAAGUUAUGGCAAAUAUCUUAUUAACCAAUGUUUUCCUUGGUGGUUUAAGAUGCUAAUGAGACCCAGGCAUUCCUAGUACCAGACCUCCACCUCAGGGUAAAUGUAUUUAAUAAUAACUGGUUGCAGAUGGCAGUAUUCAUAACAGUGAGAGUGGAUGCUUCAUGCAUGGAUGUAUCAUUUGAAAAUUUAUCAGUGUUAAAUACAUUAAAAAUAAGCCUCUCUUUCAGAUGUAAAAAUCCAGAUUUUUGGAGAAUAAACAUCAGUAGGUCACUUUAUACUUACUUUAAAGACUGAUUCAUAUGUAAUGGUUCCUAAAAGUAGAAAUAUGUAUUCUCAAUGUGUUUGGGAAGCAUAAGUAUAUAGAACAGAAAUCCCAUAAGUAUCCAUUAAAACCUGUAGAUUCCAUUUUUACACAAUAUUUCUUUCAUCUGAAUUAAUGUAAAUUAUAAAAUUUUAUUGUAAUUCAUGACAUUAGAAAGGUUUUCUUAAAUUAUGUAAAAUUAAAGCAUGUUUAUAUAUGCAGAGUUGGGAAGUACUGCACCUACUUUUAUACUUUAAGAUUGUCUUUCAAUUAUAAAGUUAUUUGCCAAAGAGUGCUGAUUCCUUAAAACUUUAUGAAAAUGACCACACUACUAACAAUGUCUCUAGUGUUACAUAUUGAAAAAAAUUGUACUGAGAAAUAGAAAGUACCACUAGGUAGUAUCACUAUUAGUUUUAUUAGUGGUUCACUUUUGCCCUUUUAUUGGGCAGAGCAAGUACUGCUAUAAGGACAGCUGGCAGGUUUCAAGAAAUUUUGCGAGCAGUUAUGGUAAUCAACCUCUUUUUCAAAUAUAAUUUACUGAAUACUAGACGACUGUAAUGCCCCCAAAAUUAUUGGCAAAUUUCCCAGCUCUGCUCAUAAACUCAAGGUUUUAUAUGAUAUAUAUGUGUAGGGGGUGCAUGUGUGCGUGCAUGCGUGCGUGUUCAGAAGGCUAUUAUUUCAAUGUCUUUUAAACCCAUUUUGUAAUCUCUAUAUUUCUGGGGGCUUUGGAAGAAAUUACCUUGAUUUUUUUUUUUUUUUCUACAUAAUGUUGUGGCAGUAAUUUUCUUCUUUAUUUAUAACAUGAUUUAAGCCAAAAUAUAUUUGGUUUUACAAAAUAUUUCUUCAUUGGUGGUGCAUUAUUCAUAGAGUGUAUAUUUUGGUAUUCUAAAGCCAAGAAAGUAAAGAAAUAACUUAUUAGAUCUUCCUGUGUCACAAUGCACCUAUAAACUAAUAAAAAUAAUUACAAAGUUU